GCUGCUGGAGGACGAGGAGCAGCUGCAGGCCCUGGCGCGGGGCAUGGAUGAGGCCCAAAAUGUUCAGCUUAGCAAGGAAGUGACCCUUGCCAGCAACCGUAGUCUAGCAGAAGACAACCUUUUGUACCAGCCGAAACUGGAAACACUGAAAGCCAGCGUGAUCCAGAAAUAUCAGGAGCUGCAGGUCCUUUUUGAAGCUUAUCAGAUAAAGAAAACCAAGCUAGACAGCCAAUCCAGCAAUGCUUCCCUGGAGACGCUGUUAGCACUGCUUCAGACAGAGGGUGCCAAGAUUGAAGAGGACACAGAGAACAUGGCAGAGAAGUUCCUGGAUGGCGAAGUGGCUCUGGAUUCCUUCAUUGAUGAGUACCAGAGCAAGCGCAAGCUGGCUCACCUGCGCCGGGUGAAGAUCGAGAAGCUCCAGGACAUGGUGCUGAAGGGACAGAGAUUGCCACAGGCGCAGCUGCCCUUGCAGCCGAGAAUGCCCGAGACCGCACCAGCGCCAGCCACCUCCUAUCCUUCGGAUGUGAGCACGCCUCCCUCGGUCAUGCCCCGGCGAAUACCGCCUCCACCACCUCCAGCAGUGCCUGCAGGACGCUUUCCCACUCCGUUUACUGCAGCCAUGAGCUCGGGACCAGCCAUGCCUUACCCGGGGGCUCCCUACCCUCCACUCCCCCCACGAUCAGGAUCAGGAAUGCAGCUGGCAAGUCAGGUACCGCAGCCGGGACCCCCAUCCCAGUUUGCCCUGCAGCACCCUCCGGCGCUGCCGCAGAGACCGCCGCCUCGCCUUCCGCCGCACCCGGGCUUCAUCCUGCAGUGAUCCACUCGGGGCGUUAGACUCGGGCAUCGGUGCUCAUGUUCCUCCUGUUUCUCCCUUGCCAGCGGUGUACUGUGGCCAGAGGGAAACCUCUGUGCCGCAUGUGGCAAAUGGCAAACUCCAAGCUGUCUGGCGGGGGUGUGGAAUUGCAUUUGGUCAAUGUGAUUGUGUUUUUUUUCUGGUUUUUUGUAUAAUCAAGGACUGCACAGACUAUAUAUAUUUUUUUUCUUUUCCUGGGGUAGGGAUGUUGGGGUGGAGUUUUGUCAGUCUGGCAAGCUGUGGAUUCACUUGUGUUAUAAUUCUUAGGUUCAGUGUUAGUGGCUGUGGCCCACUCAAACCAAGAGGCAUGUCCAUCUUGAUGUGGUCCUGCUGCAGCUGGAUUUGAGCACAGUUCAGCUGCUAGCAUCUCAAACUCUAUGGCUGCUGGUAUUUGGGUAGUAAUGAUUGGAUCUUACAUCCGAAAGCUAUGCAUAAAGCUGCUGCAGUGGAAACAGUUGGCCUCGGUGGGAGUAAACCCAGCCUCCCCAUCGGGUACAUUCACUAACAUAACAUCCACAGUCUGGUCACUGGAAACGGCUCCCAAAUGGAAAAGGCUGUGAAUUGUUUUGAAGACAUCGGGAGUGGAACUUCUGGCUGUUCUGUUCUGAGGAAGAUGUAGGUAGUGCCAGUGUAGAUAUCAGUGGAAACGUCAUGAGCCCUUGUGUGCGUUUCUCCAUUUACCUUCCCCCGUUUUCUUCCUAAGUUGGGAGGGUGUCUGCCUUACUGAAUCUGCCUUUGGGAGGUAGAGGAGAGGGGUGGUUGGGAGUGUUCAUUCACUGACAGACCAGGGAAUGGGAUCCCAGGACCUGGAGUCCUAGGCAUUCUGUUUUCAUACCUUACUGCUGGAUGGUUCUGUUCACCUUUGCAAAGCUCUUUAAAUCUGCGUGCAGCCUCUGCUUCGUUGCUCGAGCGGAGGUAUGAUCUUCUCGUGGCCAUCUUCUCUUGCCCAGCAGCAUUGGUGUGGAGUCCAGCCUGGAUGGAAGAGACAGUUCCUUGUCUUUACUGAUGGUCCUGUUUGACCAUGAGGAGAGCGAGCCUUGCAAUCUGGCAGCUGGGGGUUUUCAUUUUGUGCUAUGUCCUCCUCCAUCUGUGCCAAAGAGUGGGGGCACCUUCUUCUUUAACAGAGAGCAGUCUUUCACAUCAGGGUGAGUGCUGUGGGCACGAGGGGAUGCCUGAAGGCAGUGACAGGUGGGCAUGUCAGGGAACAUCCAUAGAUGUUACCAACCUCUUGUGUCACCUUGUCAUCCAAGCAGCUAAUGAGGUCAGUGGCCUAAGAAGUGUGCUCCAACACCAGCUCUGUCUCUUGCAUGGAGGCACAUGAGAGGCUCUGGGGCCUCUUUCUGCUGAGGGUGUAAACCGUCCAUACGUAGUCAUCUGGGGUUUUCCCCCCAACAUGAACCCUGUAACUCAGCAUUAGCUCUUCCUCCUGGAGUAGGGUAGUGAUUUUGUGGCAGUGAACGUUUUAAUUGGAAAUAGCCUCCCCUGAAAACAGGGCGACUCUGCUGUCGCUCUCCAGUGAAGAUUGGAGGUGGCCCAGUGGUCAGCGUGGCUGGCCCAAACGCAGUCCCCUGGGUAAGCCUGACCAGUGUUUGGAGUGGGGAAAGCCAGCCAGUGGUGAAACUGCACCCCUUGGACUGCUUUUACCUGGGUGUAUUUUAUAAUCUAGGAACCGUGCAGGGUGGUUUUGUGAGCACGGACUUCUCUGAAGAUGAUUGUCCCAUAGAACUUCAUUGGAGAGCAGUUAAUGGUGAACUGUGGUGUCUGUUCUGGAGAUGGAGCUGCUGCAGAAAUGACCUGCAUGGUUUGAAGCAAGCCCUUGUCUCAAGCUAUCGCAGGCAACCUUAGCGUAUGCCUCGAGCCUCCCAUGCAAGACUCUGGCUGGGUGCCUGCAUGUUGGGAUUGCCAGAAGCCUAGUAAAAGUAACUGGGUGCAUCUGUCUUACACCAACCAAGUGCCAACUCCCCUUGUGAGGGUGGGAAUAUCCUCUGCUGGGCUCUCAGAGAUGGGAGAUGUAAGUGUACCAUGGGCUUGCACUUAACUCACUUGCCCUCUCGGUGUUGCUAGGAAAUAGUCCAAAAUAUUUUUACUACUAAUUGUUUGAAGUUGCCUGCUUUUUAGUAACCUCUGUGGUGAUGACACAGCCAUUCAGGGAUGCUUUCUCAAAGGAAAAAUACUGUCUUUUGCAGACUCAGUGCAGGGAGAGGCAAUGCAACUUUCUCUACGCAAAGCAAUGCAUUAUUGCGCGUGCAUGCAGCUGACGUGCCUUACGAUCACUCGUGGUGAUCCGAAUAUUGGCCAUUGAUUUCCGAGUCCCUUGUUUAUCUCACUCCUUUGUGCUUUAAGGGCUCUUUCUUGCAGGGGACUUCCUCAAAGGGAAGAUUUUUUUUUUGUUUGUUUCCUAUUUGGUCACUCGGUCCUCUUAGGAUAAGACAAGGCUGUAACAGCUGUUUGAAUGUCUAAGCAGCUCAGUGGCUGGCUAGUGUUAAGCCUAGUGUUCUGGUUGAAUUACCAUGUGAGUUAAUAGAGUCUCUCCUGCUGGAGCUCCUGCUGCCUCUGGAAGCUGUUGUGCCACUCGUCAUGUGUCCUUGCAAAGCCGCUUAUUGCCGUGCACCUUGCUGCCGUCAGGAGGAGUGCUCUAGGGAGAGGCAUGAAUCCUGCCCUCGUAGCUGCGACGCUACCCUGGUGGACGGUGGAGAAAUGAAGGUGGCAUUGCGGUGUGUGCUUUUGGGAUUGUGGCAGGGAGCAGUGGGCACGCAACUUAGCUGCAGUAACAACUUGCCUAACCUGUGCACUUGGAGUGGAGGGCUCUGCAAAGCCGUCCUUCAGGAGGAGGCUUCUCCCCGCGCUCUCUGGAGUAACACCUGGCAGUGUUCGCUGUGCCCAGUGGGUCCCUGUGGAAGAUUUAGAUGCAGCACGUCGAACUGGGCAAGCUGCCUUGGCAGAAGGACCUGAGGCUCCUAGAAAGUAUCAAGGAAGCAAGCCCAAAGUUGGUAGAUUGUAACUGUGCUGACCAGCCAAGCAGCACCUGCCACCACCAUGUCCUUUGCAGGAUCGCAGAGGGAGGCCUCCACCUGUCUGGCCGAAGUGCCUGUGAAGUGCUUCCCAGGAAGGCAUUGGCGUGAGCUUUACACUCGGUGCCCUUUCUCCUUAAGGAUGGCAGUGGGCAUCGCGCAUGGAGUGAGGGGGUGAGGUGGCCCGAGGUCCCUGUUUGGACUCGGUUUCAGCAAACCGUAAGAUCUGGACAGUGUUUGCUCAUUCAACUUGAGAGGACUUGGUGUGGCUGGGUGGGAUGCUGAGGCAGGCAUGCUGUGGCUAACAGGGGCAGGUCCCAUGCUUGGUAAUGGUUUUCCCCAAAGGAGCGAGCAAGCCGUCAAGCCUGCGGUGCUGAAGGGACUGCGCAUACUGUAAUGUGCUGCAGUUUCUUGUCUUGUAGUGGCGGGUAUUUCUGCCAUGGAGGAAAACGUGGGGCAAUGGCCUUGUCACAUUUGAUUAGGGGUGGCUUGACCUAGCCUCAUUUCAUGUGGAGUAAGUGGGUGGUAAGUUGAAAAGCUCUACAGGAAAAGAAAGUAGUCACUUUCCGUGCGUGGGGUGACAGGUCUGCUGCUGCCCUGUGAGGUGUGUGGACUGAUAUGCAGGAGCUCAGACCUGCUUCCCAAGGAGCUAAGAGGUGCUAACUUGCUGUAAGCAAGAGGAGAGGUUGGUGCUGAGCUCCUGAUUAGGACACAGCAGGAGUUGUGCAUGUGCACAGACCAGGGCAACGCACAUGAUGCCUGCCCGCUGCCGAUGCAAACUUCUCCCUUUUGUGUGAGGGGCCAAGGAGGAUGUCGGGAGCAAUGCGGUCGACCUGACGCAGCAUGAGACAUGCUACCUCCUUUGCCAAGCAGCGCACCACACCAGCACCAGUCCCGUCUUGAAACACUGCUGCCUUGCAUGUGGGGAUAUUGGCACAGAGUGGCUGGAAACCGGAAGGAGCUAACCAAGAUUUGGCAACGUGGAGUACGCUGCGCUGUGGGUAGUAGUAAGUGUUCCUAAUGUAACAAUGACACUAAAGGUGGUGUUUGUGCUGUAUACGUACGGACAUUUUAGUGGCUGUGACCACUGGUGCAUUUAAAAAUAAAUAAAUAAAUGAUAAGCCAGAGCA